AUGAAAUGCUUUAUUCCUCUCAAAUGUUUCUUUGAUCCUAUCUCGAUACUACCUUUAUUUAUCCUUACAUUAUUGUUAACAGCUAAUGUUUUCGGAGUUCCUUUAUCAAAUAGUAAAAAUUCCUCGUCACCAUAUAAUAUAGUAUCGAGUAAUUUAUGCGAUGCUAGCGUGAAACAGUACUCUGGUUACAUUGACAUUAAUCCUAGUUCUCAUAUGUUCUUUUGGUUCUUUGAAGCACGUAACAAUCCUGAGACUGCUCCUUUGACGUUAUGGUUAACCGGUGGUCCUGGUUGUUCAUCCAUUAAUGGAUUAUUCGUAGAAAUUGGUCCAUGUAAAACUCAAAAUAAUGGAACUUCAACAGUCACAAAUUCUGAUAGUUGGACUAGUGAAUCAAAUGUUAUAUUCCUUGAUCAGGUAUUAACCGUUACAUUAGGAUCAAUUUAA